UUUUCUCACGAUGGUGUCUGGGUUGGUUUGCACACCGAGCCGCUGGUGAAUGUGAGUAUGUGGUGAAAUGUAUCAUUAGUGUUUUUAAGCAAUGUUUUAAAGAGCAUUGUCAUUCUGAAGAAGUGAUGAUAAAUGAACGCGUCCACUACUGAAAGUGUCAUCAUCCUCUAUAAACAUGUUGAGAAAACUUUUGCUGCUCUUGAUGCUUUGCAUCAUUUUCAUGACUCGGAGAUCAAAGGCAGCGGCAGCGGCAGCGCCCAGCGCGAGCAAAACUUUGAUCUGGGGUCCUGGACUGGAAACAAACAUCUUCCUUCCUGCUCGGUUCUUCUUCAUACAAACAGUGGACUCCACCGGAAGAAAUUUCACAACUUCUCCUGGAGAGAAGACAUUUGAAGUGAAGAUUACAUCUCCAACAGACCCGUAUGCCAGAAUCUGGAUCCAGAUUUUAGACCGGAAUGACGGAUCCUUUUUGGUUCGGUACCGCAUGUAUGCCAGUUACACAGAUCUGCACGUUCAGAUUCUUUUGAAAGACAAGCUGGUGGGAAAGUCACCAUAUGUGCUCAAAGGUGCAGUGUAUCACGAAUCAUGUGACUGCCCAGAGCCCAGUGGUGCAUUAUGGGAAAAAAACAUGCACUGCCCGGCCUCUUUCUCUCAGAUAGAGAGUGAUUUAUCUGUCUUUCCCAGUGUGGAUCCAGACCAUAAUACCCAUGAGAUCCUUAGGCGCUUUGGAAAGAGACACAGCCUGUGUCACUACACCAUUAAACACAACCAGGUUUAUAUAAAAACACAUGGAGAACAUGUCGGAUUCAGGAUCUUCAUGGAUGCCUUCCUUCUGUCCCUCACACGUAAAGUCAAGGUUCCAGACAUUGAGUUUUUUGUUAAUUUGGGGGACUGGCCCCUGGAGAAGAGACGGGCGUCUGAGAAGCCCAGCCCGGUCUUUUCAUGGUGUGGGUCUAAUGAUACACAAGAUAUUGUCAUGCCGACAUAUGACCUGACUGAAUCUGUAUUGGAGACUAUGGGCAGAGUGAGUCUGGACAUGAUGUCUGUUCAGGGACACACGGGUCCAAUGUGGGAACAGAAGAUCAGCAAAGCAUUCUGGAGAGGUCGAGACAGCAGGAAAGAGCGUCUUGAGCUGGUUAAACUGGCGCGGGCGAACCCUGACAUGCUCGAUGCCGCCUUAACCAACUUCUUCUUUUUCAAGCAUGAUGAGAGCCUUUACGGGCCCCUCGUCAAACAUGUGUCCUUUUUUGACUUUUUCAAGUAUAAGUACCAGAUAAAUGUUGACGGGACAGUAGCAGCGUACAGGCUGCCUUAUUUGCUUGCAGGAGACAGUGCGGUGUUCAAACAUGACUCCAUCUAUUAUGAGCACUUUUACAAGCAGCUCCAGCCAUGGGUGCACUAUAUCCCCUUCAAAGCUGAUCUCAGUGACCUACUGGAGAAGAUCCAGUGGGCUACUGACCAUGAUGAGGAGGCAAAGCGAAUUGCCCUGGCAGGUCAGCAGUUUGCACGAACUCAUCUGAUGGGUGACAGUAUAUUCUGUUACUACUUCAAACUCUUUCAGAAGUAUGCUGAACUGCAGGUCACUGAGCCCAAGGUUCGAGAUGGUAUGGAGCUGGUGGAACAGCCAAAGGACGAACUUUUCCCAUGUUAUUGUGCAAGAAAAAAGGUCAGAGAUGAGCUGUGAGAGACCACCUGUUGUGUUACGUAACAGCAGCCGUUAAAUUUAGAUGGAUUUGCAGAAAAAGAUGUUUCCGAGACCACAGACUUGGUGCAUCAAGUGUCCUGUGACUGCAAUGUCUUAACUGAAUGUUUCUCUUUUUGUAUUAAAUCUUUGUGUUUCUA